AUCUCCGUAUAGGGAGGCGUGGCAUGUAGCUCGUUUACAUGACUCUGCUGUAUUAAAACACUAGCUAGAUGGAUUUAUGGUAGCUUCUGUUAACAUAAACCAUUACUAUUUUUUGAAGAGUUGAAUACCUGCAGCUCUAAGCAUACUGCCUCUAGGAGAGCUGAGCAAAAUGGCAAAUUCACUGAGUGAGGAACUAGCAAAGUCUAUGCUGGUUGCAGCUGGAAGCUUACAAGGAUUGGAAUGUGAACUAGACAGAUUAAGUCUACAAAGAAGUCCCCCAUCGAGACAUGGCAGCUCGCGGCGCUCGUCAAGAAGGAGCAGGUCGAUUGCUGACUCUCCUCUCAGUAGUAGUGGCAGUGGAAAAACUCCUAGGAGGAUGAGCAGGUCUAGCUCAAAGUAUGACAGUGCUAUAGGAUCACUGCCCUCGCAGACUGAUGACACUACAACAGACGAAGAGAUUGCUCCAGUAUCUUCAAAGAUUAGCCGGAGACAUUCUACAAGAGUAGACAAAAGCUCAUACCAGCAGACAGAGUGGGACUGGCUCUAUCACACACAAGUCAAGAGAAAUCCUUCAGAGAAAUCAAAGAAACGGAGUAAAGUCAAACGAAGGGAGAGCUACAGGCAACCUGACAUUGACCAGUCAGCCUGCAGCUCAACAGCCUCUACACCUACUCCUAGAAGCAAGCAUCAUCAUCCGUACACCGUGCCUCAAUUGCCUGUCAUAGAGUCCUUGAGACGAGAAGGUUCUGUACGAUCAUUGAGCAGUGCUGCCGACUCUUACAGCUCCUCCAGCAACUCCUCGAAAAAAAGCUCCAGAGUUCUUAGUAUUGGACUGUCCGUAGAAGACAUUUUUCGAAUGUCAAAGCUACCUACUGAAUCAAAACUCAAGAGGACAGACUCGACUGUUUCUGAUUUAUUUUCUCCCGAGCAACAGUAUGCAGAGAUAGUGUAUAUUCCAGCACCCCCUGAACAAAGUGAGGGCCAUGAUUCUGACAGCUCUAUCAGUACAAUAGUUGGAGGUGAUGAACAACCAGUGGAGGUUCAGGUACAGCAAGCAUCCGUUACGACAGACAACAACAUUACAGCACAAGCAUCCAUUAAUACAGACAACAACAUUACAGCAUCAAUAGUCCCAGAAAUUGUAAUCAUAAGUGAAGCAAGUGGACAGGACAGAGACAAAGCAAGUGUAACAUUUUCAGAAAGCACAAAAACUUGCAUUGUACUACCCGAAAAUCCAAAUCUUCCACGGAGGUACAGAGAUACUGGGGACAGUCUAAAGCCACCCACUUCCAAUCCCCCGAAACGAAGUUCAAGCUUCCUGCAGAGAAUCAAACUACGCCGAGGCACUAGCUUCAAAAUUGAAAGAAGACCAAAGAAACGAGUUCCUGUGAGAAGAUCCUUCUCUGACAGAAUAAUGUAUCAGAUAAAGAAAGGACAAAUUGAAUACAAGCAAGAUUUGAACUUCAUCAGCAAUCCCAGUCAUCUGAGACGGAUUGGCAGAAUGAUAGACAAGCUUGCAGGACGACUACAUCUUGUGCAGCUGCACAGACCACCCAAUGGGAGGUACGGGAUUUACAUAACACAGUCCGCUGCAAGGAAAGGUAUUUUUGUGUCAAGAUUUGCCGAUGACAAUACAGCCAAGUUCUACAGUGGACUGAUUGCUCCAGGAGACGAGAUUAUCAAGAUUAACAAAGAUCGUGUAAAGGAAAAAACGGUGGAUUAUGUGUACGAUGCAAUGGCUAAACUGAACUCUGUGGUGUUCACUAUAUUGCCAGUUCACUCUAGACCUGAUUGGUGACCUGUGCAUUUGUUUAUUACUUCACAACAUGUUUUAUUAUGCUGCAAAUUGUACAUAAACAG